GGGUCAAACCAAAAUUCUCCUCAGGCAGGAGGUUAAUAACGCUGCUUCGUCUUGUCUUAAUUCCAGUGCACUCAGAGGUGUGGAUUUUCCGAUUUAAACACAACAGUAUAAUUUGAAAUAAAUCGUAAAUAGUUUUCUUGGCUAUUUAUAUGAAUAAUAUUAUCUUCAGGUUGAUAUCUGUUAUUAGGAGCUCCCCUGUGUUCACGGACGUAAACAAUGAGCUCGCAUGUGUGAUGAAGAUGGCUGUAGACAGAAGACUGUAAUAGAUUUUACUUCAUAAUUAAGCUUAUUUACCUAAAAUAACUCUCUAUUUCAUACCAUUAAGUACAAGACGGUUAUAGGAAAAACAAAAUAUUCUUACUGUGGAGACAAAUACAACCUUAGCGCCAGAAUGAGCAAUAUUUACAUCCAGGAGCCGCCAACCAAUGGCAAGGUGAGCGACUUUUACAUUUUUAACCUCAUACAGUUAAAUUUUUUAAGAGAUUAACUCUUAAUUUAACGAGUUAAUUUAACACCUUCUAAAGCCAAAGUAUGAUAGUUUACACUUUAACGUGCUACUGUUUUACAUGUUUUAUUUCUGGUACUGUUAUUGGUGCUACUAACCUACUGUUUGUGCCCAAUGAUAGAUGUUUCUAAUCAAAAUCCAUUUUUAAAUUUUAAGUUAAUGAUUAAACCGUCUUAAAUAUCUCUGAAACCUUUGUAAUUUCUUAGGUCCUGUUGAAAACCACAGCAGGUGAUAUUGACAUCGAGUUGUGGUCUAAAGAGGCUCCCAAAGCCUGCAGAAACUUCGUGCAACUGUGCAUGGAAGGUAAAUAUCCACUUUGUGCAUUGUCUCAUAUGUUGCAGAUUUUCUAAAUAAAAGCCUGCUAAACUUCACCCAAACCUCAAUGCAUUGACAGGUCUGCCCUAUUUUAAAAAGGCCAGAAAUUGCAAAGGAAAAUUUGGGCAUUUGUGUUUCCAAUGACAAACAAAUCACUCACCUACAUCCUGGAAACUCAUUAAAAAUUAUUUCAAAGGUUUUACUAGAUUAUAAAAUGAGCAAAGAGUCGUAAUUGUGAUGAUAUGAUAUGUCGGAACCCAGAAUGCAGCUUUUAACAGAUUUUAUUAUGAGGAAUAGUGCAAGGGAGGGAGGUAUCCAGGGUCCAAGGGCUGUGAGACGAUCCAAGGGAGUGUGAAGAGCCAUGAGAGUGAAUACCAGGCUAAAGUGAUGGGUUAGUGGGCUGGCAUGAGGCAAGGAGUGAGGCACUGGAAAAAAAGUGGAGAAAACAAGGGUCAGUUAAAAAAAUAGGAGCACCAAAAGUCUUCAAACUUACUCUAGACUAGAGUACCUAGAUACCUCUGAAGAGGGCUGUAUAACCGAGCAUGGAGUCACAAUACUUUGGGUUGAGGCUUGUGUCUGCAGCAGUCUUAAAGCCGGCUUAAUUGCAGGGCAGCUACAGGAGAGAGAGAAAGGAAGAAGGUGAAGGGAACAGCAAACAGCCCACACAGGAAAUAGAACCCAACAAAAUAAAAUGUGCAGAGUGUGUGAUCACCACUCUAAUGCUUCUAUAUCUUUUUCCUCCAGGUUACUAUGAUGGCACGAUAUUUCAUCGAGUGGUGCGUGAGUUCAUCGUUCAAGGUGGAGAUCCAACUGGGACAGGUACAGGUGGAGAUUCCAUCUACGGCCGUCCAUUCAAGGUCAGAAUAUGUCUCUAGUGUUUCUUUUUGUCAGCUUUAUUCCAGUAAAGUGUAUUUAAGACAUGUACCAAUCAUGUCUGAAAAGGAGGAGGAUAAAGUUUACAUACUUGAUGCUACUUCUGGUAUACUUUUUACAAAUAACAUAGUUAGAACAGAGCUGAUAUUGAAUAAUCUUUCUCUGAGACUCUCUGAGGAUUAACUUUGUGUCUUUUCUCUUUUCAACAGGAUGAGUUUCACUCCAGGCUGCGCUUCAACAGGAGAGGUUUGGUCGCCAUGGCAAACGGUGGACCUCACGAUAACGGCAGUCAGUUUUUCUUCACCCUGGGGCGAGCAGAUGAACUCAACAAUAAACACACUAUAUUUGGAAAGGUAAAUCUGAAGACCUGUAGCAGUGUAAAUACACACUUUUUAACCGUUUUCCUAUGCCCACACAUCUGAUACUGGACUUUACUUUGUGUGUGAAAUGUUUGUUGUGUGGUUUUCCCAGCAAACAUGAAUAAAGCCGACUCAAAGCGAUUAUUUCUGCAUGUUUCUUCUUUGUGAACAGGUGACAGGAGACACGGUUUACAACAUGCUCAGACUGGCAGAAGUUGAAUGUGACAGUGAGGAACGACCUUUGAACGCCCACAAGAUUAAAAUCGCUGAGGUAUUUUUUCCUUUAAGGGCUUUUAUUUUUAGAGUCUGGUAAGUGUCAGUGAGAUAAAUCUGGACGUCUUUGACUCUCACAGGUGCUUCACUCUCCUUUUGACGACAUCAUACCGCGUGAAAUAAGAAAAUCCAAAAAGGAAAAAGAGAAAGAAGAGGGGAAGAAGUCGCAGUCAAAAGCCACAAAGUGAGUCAUCAGGUUCCUGUGGGAACUUUUCAGGUUUGGUGAAACUGGGCUGCCCCUCUGUGGACAAAGACACCUUUGCUUAUCUUGACCUCUUCAUGCUGAAGUAGUGUCACCUUAUGAAAAUCUCACCCUGCAACAUCACAAAAUGUUUGUCCGACUGUUGUUGAUGCUUUGUUGUAAACAGUGUAAUGAUUUUCAUAGGAACUUCAGUCUGUUGUCAUUUGGAGAAGAAGCUGAAGAAGAAGAGGAGGUGGCUAAUCAAGUCAGCCAGGUACAAAAACAUAAAAGAGCCCAUAAAUUAGUAAUAAUGACUUUAUUUAUAUAACACUUUUAAAAACAAGGGUUAACCAAAGAUUUCUCAUUCCUCCUCUUCUUCUUCUUCUUCUUCUUCUUCUUCUUUUCUUUGUUAAGACCCUAAAGGGAAAAAGCAAAAGCAGCCACGACCUCCUGAAAGAUGAUCCCAGACUGAGCUCCGUCCCUGCUGUCGAUAAGUAACUACAACAAUAAAGUUCGAUAUACUUAUGACAAAGGAAACAACUUUUGGAUUUAAUGUAUUUUAACUCUGAUGUUUCCUUUAUUUUGAAAGGAAAGGGAAGAAGGGAGUACCAGGAGAUGCUGCAGAGGUAAACUAAACUGAACCUCGAUGAAGGAUACUCCAUAAAUAAUAUUCUUUUUUUUUUUUUUUUUAAAUUUCGCAUUUCGUUGUGUUCGUACAGACAGACGAUGAUGAAGAUGAAGAUGAUGAGGAUUCGGAUGAAGACUCAGAGAGGAAAGAGAAAAUGAGAGAGCUCAUCAAAAAGAAGCUGCAGAAAGAAAAGGGUGAAGACAAAACGACAGAACCCAGCGAGGACGAGCGAGGGAAAAAACCCAGCAGAAGGUAAGACUGUGAACUUUCAGUCUGAGUCCCUGCGCAGUUUUUUUUUUAAUCCUAAAAUAUGAACUUUAAUGGACAGAUGUCAGGUUAGAAUGAAACAGUGUUUGGUUGCUGACAGUUCUGCAUGAAGCUGUGGUUCCACUUGUACCACAGAGUAUGAUCCAGGAGGGGGCACUGUUGAACUAUUUUAUACAGAAAAACAAAAGACUGCUUGAAAUGACUCUCCCAGUACAUCCACAGAGACAGGACAUCAGAGGACAUUAUCUCCCUGAGUUUUACAUAAAUGAAUAAAAAGACACUUUAUCAGCAGCGUCAAAGCAGGAGGUAGCUGUCUUGAUCAAAUCAGAGUUCAUUUUGGGCUCCAAGGGGAUUAUUUCAGGGGAAGGCAACACGUCUCUACGAGAUUUAAAUUUGCCACGACUGAUCAUACUGUUUAAUGACAUCGUUAAAUGUAAACUGGCUGUCAUCACAUGAUGGUUAACUGUCUGAAAAAUGACAAAGUUUGAUAAAUUAGUUUUAUUUUAUUGAUGUGGUUGACCUCAGGUGAACCCUCCAGAGAUGUUUCCACUCAUCCUGAUACUUCAUGUGUCUGAGUCACUCACUAACACCUUUGGUAUCAGCAUUAUGGGACAUCCUCAUAGUCCAUUACCAUGUGUUGGCUCCUAUGGCACCAGUUUACAGGAGCUGUUAAAACCAUCUCUAUUGGUGAAUCAAACAAACUUAAAUCAAAGUUAAUAAACUUUGAUUUAAGUUCUGUUUGUUGGAUUUAUUCUGCAUCUUUAAAAUCAAAAGUUUAGUGAGAACUCUGACAAAUAAAGCAAAACAGACACAGUGAGACAAUCUGAGGACAAACGCUGGAAGAACAUCAUCUGAAGGGACAAAAGGAGGACAAUAAAUCGAAAAUGAGAGGGACAAAUAAAAGAAAGUAAAAGAUGGAAAAGCAAUUAAAGACAAAUAAACAACAAAGCAGCAGAUAAAAGAGAUAAAAGGCAAAAGAAAGACAUUUAAAAUGAUUAAAAAUAGCAGGUUUAAAAUGGAAUGAAAGAAAUAAAAAGAUUUAAAAGUAAUGAAAGUGAUAAAAGAGUUAAAUAUUUUCUACAUUACAAGGAAAUUACACGGAUAAAAACUUUAAAAAAUAUAUAACGGUCAUUAAAAGGAAUAACAAGAUCAAACAAUUGAAGAAAAAAAGCUGAGCAAUUAAAAGAAAGAAGGAGAAAAAAAGAUAAAAAUCAUUGAGAGGUUUUAGAAGAAGACUAGGGAAAUAAAGUGUGAUAAAAGAUAUUCUAAGAGAUAAGGAUUUCUUAACCCCAACCCCCAUAAAAAUAGAAGAAAAAAAGAAAUUAAAAGCUGUAAAACUAAAUAAAGAAACAAUUAAAAGAUAAAAUUAAAGAGAUUGAUGCAGUUAAAAGCAAUUAAGGAGGGAUUAAAGUGACGAUAAGCAGCUAAAGAAAAUAAAAGAUAAGAAUCUAAAAACAGCAACAGAAAAUGGAGUAAAAUUAUUAAAAGAGGUAAAAACAAAAAAUUUAAUAAAAAGACAAAAAAUUAUUGAAUAAAAUACAAGAAAUAGAUACAGUAAAGGGCUUUUAAAUGAGAUAAAGAGACCGUUUCAUUUCUGUGGGAAAUAUCAGUAUUUCAAUUCACAGAGGUCAAGAGUGUCAUGCAAUGGUCAGGUAGCGAUCAGAGCGCCCUCUGCUGGAUCAAAGCUACUCCUGAUGAACUCUACAGCUUCAAUACAACAGCUCAUGAAAGUUCAAACAGUUGGUUGCAGUUUAGUUAAAACAUCAUGGCCCCGAUUUAUAUCUGGUUUGUUUUUCUCUGAUGGAGGCCGAAUUUGUACGUACAACGCUCUUGGACGUCGCUCCAGCCCCCUCUCUUUUCUGUAGCUUCGCCUCUUUCCCCUCCCUCGUCUCUGUUUCUGCUACAAUCACCAGUUUUCUUUGCGUUCACACACGAACACUCGCAAAUCUCAGUUGUAGCUUUCUGGACCAACAUCAGUGGACCUGCUAUGUGAAAACAGGAAUGUUGGCACUCGGACCAAAUUACUUACUGUGCUAGAAGCAAACAGUGCGUUUGUGUGAGCCAACAGUGUGUGUGAAAUGAAGGUGAGAGAGGAAGGUGACGGCGUGUGAGACCACAUUAGUCUGAAAAUGACCCGAGGAGAGCGAGGGGCCGAUUUAUCUUUCAUCUCUCUUUGAUGCUUAUUAGUUAUCUCUCCUUCAUAUCCUCUUAACAGGUAGCCCUCAACACACAUAAUCAACAUACCCUUCUCUCAUUAGUGCUAAUGGGAUAAAGAGAGGGCGCCCUGUGUGUUUUAUGUGUGCGCAUGUGUGUGUGUGUGUGUGUGUGUGUGUGUGUGUGUGUGUGUGUGUGUGUGUGUGUGUGUGUGUGUGUGUGUGUGUGUGUGUGCCCUGACUGACAGCCAGCCCAAUGCAGGCAGACUGUAGUAUAUUAAACACAAGCGCAGAUUGUUUUGCUACAAGAACUGUAACCCAACACAGUGGUUUGUCUUGGCAGGGAAUCAAAGAGCAGGCCGGUAGGUACAGUGUUAGUCCGGGACAAAGGGGGCAUUGUUGCAGGGUGAGCUCUGCUCUCCCACUGUUGCUUUUCUCUGAGCUUUCAGCUGCUCUGUGAGCAAAGAGGGAACACCAACUGGUGUCUGGUCACCUGGGAAAAAAGGAGAGAGGAUGUUGAAAGCAGUUUUCAUUUCUGUCUGAUUGACUUAACUGAUGCGGGACAUUUGUUUUUGUAAGAAUAAAUCCUGUAUUUUUAAACCAGAGCCCCUCAGUUGAUGUGUUCUGGGGUCUCAGUGACAUGAAGUAAGUGUUAUAAAAGUGAUACAGACACUCAGUCCAUGAAAACCAGCCUGUUAUCUGUUUCCUCUGCUCCUUUUUGCAUAAGUAGGACAAAUGCACAACAAGGAAAUUACAGUGAAAGUGGCACCAACUCUUUAGUAAUUUCUUCUAUGGAGAAAAGCAGAGGUUAAUGGGUAAGGAAAGGAAAAUCAUGAGAGACUAAGUUCACCACUCUGUGAGGUAGAGCUGGGCGAUAAACCAAAAAUUUACAGAUACCGAAAUUUAUGACAAUAACCGACGUCAUUUGUUCAUAUUGGUAUGUUCGGUGUCAAAAAAAUAAAUAAAUAAAAAGUUGGUUUUGGAUGCAUGAAGGUAGGCUAUGGUAUCAUGUCCCUUCAAGACGCUGUCCUACGUCAGAGACGUGUCUCCACCCCAUCCAGUCCGUAACAAAGAGGGAAAGACAGGUGAGGAGAUGGAGGACGGUUCAAAAGUUGUAGCGGCUGAAGUAGAUGAAGUUAAUGAGAGAGGGGGUGAGCAGCUUGUUGAGUAGUUAAAGCCCAUUUAUCGUUAUCGAGGUGAACAGUUUGUCACAGAGGUUAAAAUAAUAAUAAUAAUUUUAUUUUAAAAACAGAAGUUUACAAAGUGCUUUGACAAACAGUCGUAAAUCACAGAACAUCAGCACAUGGAAAUUAAAAACAAAUAAAAAACAAAAGCUCAGUUCAAAACAAGGCCUCUGAAUUGAAGGCCAAUUUCAUUUGUCUUAAGGAACCCAGACAAUACAAGAACCCUGCAACAUACAAUGAGACCAUGACGAUUAAAAUAAAAAGAGAAAAGGAAAUGUAAUACAAAAGGGGAGUAGAAAGCAAGAAACAGGAUAGUUAAUAUAAAAAGAUGAUGAUGAUAAUAAUGAUAAUAAAAACAUAACAAAAUAAUAAUGAUGGUAAUAGUAAUGAUAAAAUGGAAUAACAAAAAAGAGCAGGAAAAACAAUGCAAUCAAUAAUAAAGGCCUAAACGUUUAAAUAGGAAAAUAUUUUAAGUAAAACAAAGGCUUAAAAGACAGUAAGUCGAAAUAAGAGAAAUAAAAGAGAAAUGAUGGCAUCACAUAAAAGCGAGUCUGUUAAAGUUAAUUUUUAAAUUUGACUUAAAAAAGCGACUGUCUCUGCACGCCUUAUCUCCUCUGGCAGGUCGUUCCAAAGUCGAGGAGCUCUGAUGGAGAAAGAUCGACCACCUUUAGUUUUGAGCCUCGACUUUGGAACAACCAGAAGGCCUUUGCCUGAACCAUGUACAGAGAAAACUGCACCGGUGACUUCUGUGGACUAAGGUGAAGUGAAAAAAUGAGGACCAGGACUCUGGAGUCCAGUUGUCCUUUCAGCGAAGAAUUGGAAAUCAAGAAAUGGAAUGACAUCCUCAGUUUUAAACAAUAUCUCCAGUUUUGGGAGCAACAUCUGCUUUCAUCUAGACAAUGACUUUUUCAGGGAGGACAUUCAUAUGAUCCCAAACCACAUUCUGACAACAGGGAUUACAACAGCAUGGCUCUGUAGGAGAAGAGUCCCGCUGAAAAACCGGACUGAUGCUGUCCUGACUUGUCCCCAAACUGUUGAGAGGCAACAUUUCACCUUCAAAACUCCAGAAACUGGUCUUGAAAAUACUGUGAUAAUGAUUUAAACGUCAUGCCGCAGAGCUCAGUGUGUCUGAUUCAAGUGUUCUGGUUUCUGCAGACUCUCAGGCCUCAUUCGGGGGAACAUUCAAAAUGCUUAUUGUGUUUUUUCCCCCACAGUCAAGGCUGCUGAGACUACCUUGAGAUCUGGAGUCUCCCUGAAACCAAAAUAGACUUUACAUCAGUUUGAAAAUAUCCGACAUCGCAGCCAGAUGAUAUUACACUGCGAUACUCUGGGAUUGCAAAACUCUUGGACUUGUUAAGAUUUAUGGGCGGUUUUAAUAAUUGGUGGACUCACUGUACCUGUAAGAGGCGAGUUUAAAAGGGUAAAAAAAGAUGAGUCAUGUCCACGAAAGCAGAUGCUGUUUGGUUUACCUGCCUGCUGAGAUGUUUGAUGUUGUUUUGAAGCUCUCAUGCUCACAGUUGGACUCUUCUGUUAAUGCUACUAUUGAUCAAGUCUGGUGUUGCUGUGUUUGAAGUGGGCCUCCUUAGGGGGGGGGUGCUUCAUAAAAGACACUACUGAACGAAGUCCCAAAAGCAGUGUAUGUGGUAGUCGCCACUUUUGUUAAACCCGACGGGGCAUGACUGGGGAAGCAAAACGCUUCCAUAUGGCUGCGGGACACAGUGUGAGCUGCUUCUGCCAGCAGGACCCGGCUCCCUCUGCUAACUCUGGGAAUGGCUUUGCAGUUACUGCCGUCUGAAGAUAAUGACAGAACUGCACUUCCUGAUAUUUACAUCACUUGUUAUCACACAGUUAGAUACAGCAUGUGGGAGCCCACUUUAAUGAUGCAGGUGGUCUGACUUAAACAGUCUUUAAAAUCAGGAUUAUCACAUAAUAUACAUGAUGCCUCUUUACAGUAUGUUAUUAAACCAAUAAAUAUUAAACAGCGCUGUAAGGCACGAGUGUAAGUCCAUGGAUGGAGUCUUAUGCUGCGUUCCAGUUGUACUCGGAAGUCCUGAUUUCUAAGCUCCAAGUCGGAAAUUCAUCUGGAACGCCCCCCUGAAGUCGAAAGUCAGAUGAUCCUCACCAACCUUGAUUUGUCGACAACGACAUAAUCCAAGAUGGCAGUGCAGUGCAUCAACAGUGAAGAGUAACAGUGAACACUCUCCUAAUCUAUUAUUUAUUAUCACUUCUGUUUUGUUUUUGUGAAAUUAAAUAAGUGGUAUAUGUUGUGCUGCCCAACGUCUGAUCGUGAACAUGGCGCUAUGAUGUUUGUAAGAGUAAAAUACUGUGUUAUGCGUUGAUUACAACUGGUAAAGCUAACAACAACUAACAAAAGCUGACAAUUGUAAACAACAGCUAACAACGGCUAACUGUAGGCAUCGAUCUUGGUUUUCCGACUUCUUUACUGGAAUGUCGUCAAAUCGAGUGUAACGUCAUUCCCAGCUCCGACAUCCGACUUCUGAGGUAACUGGAACGCAGCAUAAAAGCCGUAGUAAACAUUAACACAGGGAUGUAUUACAUUAUCCGCAUAGUCUCGUUAAAAGCUCAUCAUUGUUUCAGCUGAUGUAAAAAUUGCUGCCGAUUAUGUGGGUGUUACUUUUUACACAGCUGUGUUGUCAUGAAGCACCUGAAGGUUUUGCCUUUGUAGGAAAUAGGGAGUAGUUCCAGGAACUUAUCUGAAGGAACUACUUGGGUGCUGUCUUCGUUUCCACUGGUGCCUGAAGUCCAGGGUAAAUUAUGUUACUCAGGCCAGUGACAUGUCAAGUUACAGUUGAGUCACUUCGCUGUUUGUGUGUCUAUGAUGCCAGUAUUGUGCCACCGGAAAGCACUACCCUUUGAGCAGGAACUAAACUUAAACCCAGGUUCCUGCAGUCAAAACCCACAGAGUUCCUAAAAGUUAGGGUGACCAUAUUCUGAAUCCCUACAAAAAAGGACACUAUUACACGGGCGGACUCACUCGCAAAAUUUUGAGGGGUUUUCGGGUUGGGUCGAGUGUUUUUUAUGCGCUUCUAACUCAGUUGGUCCAUGGCACACAAACUAAAAACUUCCAUAUAAAACCCCGGUCAUUUGAAGGAUUUUAAAAACUCCCCCCCAGACAGGCUUGGCAGACCCCUAAAAGAGUACAAGUCCGGGUAAUAGGAUAGGAUAAAUAGUCACCCCACUAAAAGUUCCUGUGGUCAGAAAGUACCUCAAUGCUUGUUGUCGGUGUCCACUUAGCUUCCCGUUCAGCCACGCUAGCAUACAUUACUUUAGCUGCAGUUUGUGGCUGCAAGCUUUCACAGAGGGUUGUUACAGAAGUGGAGAGACGGGAUACCUGCACUGUUGUCCUCAAGACAUGAAAUCUUCCUGCUGCUUCCUGGUGGAUUCGUCUUAAAGGGAGACUUCUGAGUAAUUGUUCAAGGCAUACUGAGUCAACAAAGUGCAAAACAGAGGAAAAAGACAAGCACAGAAGAGAACUCUCCAGCUACAGAAAAGCUGCUGCGAAACACGUCCAAGGAUUAUGGUGCCAUUUGUACGUCUCACGUGAGGGAAUUUUGUUGCAGUUCAUUUUGUUACAGUCAGUACUUUCAAAUGAAGAAUUCGUCUGAGCUAUGGUUGUAGCUUGAUUGAGCGAUUUAACAGGACUGUUGUCAGUUCAGUCUGUUUCCUUCUUUGUCUGUUGAGGUUUUGUUGAUCAUCUGGCUUCCCAGCAGCACAUUCAUGCUGUUUAACGUCCAUCUCAAAGCCCAGCACCCGACCAGAACACUGGAGCAUGUGCGGAACACUUACGCCAGUUUCAGUCUGAUUACGCUGUAUUCACGGAUGAGAAAAUCAAUCCCCAAUCGCAUUAUCAACCCUAAUUAUCAAGUUUGACAAUAAGAAGUUGGUGCAUGAAUUUUAAGGUUUUGAACAACAUGUAAAACAACUGAUUGUAACCCUGAGUGAAUUAUGUUAAAUUAUGGAUAAGUAUAAUAACAGCUCCUCUUAAAUGGAGUGAUCAUAAAAUGUUGUUUAUUGACUACUUCUGUUCCAUGUUUCCAUGGCUUUGCUUCUGUAUUUGAUCUUUAACCACACUGGUCCUGAGGACAGCAUCUGUCUGGCCUUGUGGAUAGUGUAACCUACAUUAGACACUAAUUAUCCAGCCCAAGUGGCCUCACCCCAUACGCUGCGUCACACUCUAUUAAUUGGCUGCACCUGUCUCUUGUCAUCGGUCAUAACCCAACGCGUUCGCAGGGAAAGGUUGCAGAGAUCAAGAAAGCAUUCGGCUCUGCUUUUGUGCAGAAAACUGCUUGAGAUAAUCCAGUUCUUGGCAGCCGGGCUGUGUAUGUUUUGGAACUGCCAGGUUUACACAUCUCUGACCCACUGUAGCAUGCCUGCCCCAUAUGGGGCACUUGCCGGCUGGAAACAGUUCCAGACAGCGAUGCAUGUCUAGGACGAGGAGGGUUAAGACUUUUUGGAAAGGAUUUAAAAAACCAGCAGAACUCCACUUGGACUGGAAUCAACAUCAACAUCUGACAGUGUGCACAUUUUCUGUGUCUUUAGAGGAGCAGAAAAAAAAAUCACAACCUGAUAUUUAACUGAUAUAAAUGUCAAGAAAAAACAGCCCAGAUUGUACAGGAUUCAUAACUUUUCCCCUUCAUAACUAACCAAAAGAAUCUCAAAGGAUAUUGUCAAUAAUUGAGCGCUUCUAAAAGAGGAACCUUGGUCCGCUGCGUGGGUAAUGUGUUGGCGAGAUCACUCUGCUAAGUCAUGCAAAUUCCUGUGUUGAGGUUGGAUUCCUCCACUCCAGCUCACAGUUCUCCUUGGCUUUUGACCAAACCGUGGAGUGCCCCCUGAGGGGAGUUCACCCAGCCAUCUUGUUAUUCUAGCACAUUCAUCCACAUCACUUGCACAGUCAUUAAACUGGUGUGAGUCCACCAUAGUGGGAGAAGCUGCUGCCGGCAGCCCUGUUUUGUACUCUUAAUAAGACUAAGGAGUUAAAUUUAACUUCUGGACGGACGUGUGACUUUUUAAUUUCAGUCACUCAGCGAUGAUAUUUUACCUCUGAAUAUUUUGAUUCCAUUGGUAAUUACAUUUCCCAAAGUCACUUGACGGCUGGAAAAUAAGAAUCCAGAGAAAUCCAAAAAAGGAAAGUACGUCUGCUUGUGCAUUUUGGAAACAGAUUCAAUUUUUGAUGAACCAUAGAGUCAUCACAGUACUAUUUUUAAGGCUGCUGAAUUCCUGUGUCAGCCUCAGACUCCUGCCAGACACCGGAGUAUUAAAUGCAAGGUUCUGAAUCAUGAGAGAGUUCUUGGUCUACUGCCAAUCACUUCAUAUGCUUUCUUUAUGAAAAGUUAAUCAUCCACAGCUCUCUGGGUUUCACUGUUUUUGAAUUUUCUGAAAGAAUGACAGUAGCUGGCAGCCCCAAGUAGACCCAGACCGCUGAGAAGAAGAGCUUUACCCAUUUAGUUCGGUUUAUCUGGCAACUGGUGGCAACAUCUGAGCGUCUAUUAUUCCUCUGCUGUUUUUUAAAUGACCGUCAGAAUCUCCUCUCCUGCUGGUACACGGAGAUCCUGUUGAUAGAUUGAUGGAUGGAGGGACUGAUGGAUACGUCUCCGUCACUGGCAUUAGAAAUACUGCUCAAGACUGGUGCAGAUGUUAUUUUUCAAACAGACUCCUCCAAUAGUGGCAAUGUCUCCUCUUUUAUGGAGUCAAGGACCUGAGGAGUUCCACAGGGCGCCAUCCUCGGUCACCUGUCAUACUCUUUGUACACGCUGACUUCUGGACAUAAAUUUGCACGUUUCUUUUCCUUUGUUUAGUAGAGUGCAUUUACAUAACUGCCCAGCAAAAACUAAGAAAGAAGACAUUUUUUAUUUGUGAGUUUGCCCAUCAGAAAUCAGACGUACAAAAAAAACGUUUAUUUUGUUCUGCAAAUUGGGAAGCUUUUAUAUAUAUAUAUAUAUAUAUAUAUAUAUAUAUAUAUAUAAUGUAUAUUUAAAUUGAAUCACAAUUUAAAUCGAAUUAGCAUCCAGAAAAACCAUACAAGAAUCGAAUCGAGAGAAAAGCAUAUCGUCCCAGCCCUAAUGUAUAAUGAUUCUCUACCCAAUGUAAACUUAAAUCACUUAAACCAUUAGAUAUUAUCAUAUCUCCUUUGUUUCGGGGUGGCCAGGACGCUGCAUGUAAAAGACCCACUCCCCUCAAGUCACAAGCAGCCACAACGACUGACGGUUUUUAGGUAGAACAACAAGAACAUUUAUAUAUAAGAAUUAUGAUAAUCAACAACAAUUAAAGAACUGAUUUGAAUUGACUUCAGAAGAAAGAAUAACAAAUGAAAAAUUCUAAUGAAAAAGUGAAACAGCUGACCUACAAAACAAUGAAACAAAAACCUUUAACACUGGUGACGCCAAAUUUACUCCAUCAAAUGAUAUUCUUCAUCUUCACUGAUUACAUCCCGAUGCAUCUAUCAAAACCUGAGAAAUCUAUCAAUACAGUAGAACAAAUUGUGAUGUAUUUAGUCUUGUGAAAAAAUUUAAAAACAAAAUAAUUUGCAGUGUUGUGAUGUGAGGGUCCUUAGAGGAAUUUGCUGAGCCUGAAGGUGUGUCCUAACAGAUGUUGUCAGAGCUUUUCCUGUCCUCUCUGGCGUCUCUCUCUUUAUUGGCACCGCGGCUGUGGAGCCGAUUGUUUGGCUGUUGCCGUGGAAACGUGUCUUGUUUUCUGAAUGGCAGCGUGUUAUGGCAGGUAGAAAAUGAUCACUCAGUCCAAAGAGUUCCUGGCUGAGUAAUAUAUGACUCUGAAAACUCACCUCUAACUUCUGGAGCAGAAGCUGUACGGUGUUCAAGUCAAGAGUCUGAGCUGUGCGUCAUAUUUGACACAUGGACGACUUCACUGGAACGCACUGAAAUCCCCUCAGGAGGGCCGUCCUGACUGGACAACUGAAAGACAUGACAGUGUAUUGUUUUGAGACAACAAUUCACGACAAGAAGCCGACUUCCUCAUGUAUGCCAACUCUGACUCUGAAAUCCAGCUGCAACAUUCCUACUUUGAGGAACAACCGUACGUCUGACUGAUUCCUCAUGUGUUUCCUCAGGGAUGCUAACAAGGAAGAGACGUGACAUCAAGCUCUUAAUAUUUACAGAAAAGUUAAAAAUUUUUUGAGGCCUUAAGGCUUCAGCUCGGAUAUUGUCUGAGUUUAACAAAGAUAACACGCAUGUUGGAAGAUACAGAAGAUAAGUAAGACACUGAAGAGGGAAAGUUCCAGGUAAAAAGAGAGGAAGAGGAUAUAAAUGUAUGUCAGCACAGAGGAGAAGCAGAUGUAAGAAACAAAGGCAGCCAUUGUUUGGUCUGGAGAUGCCUCACAUGUUUCUAGGCCGGGGGCCCAGACUGAGCAGCUUACCUGUGCUUUGUGGCUCUGCAGCAGAAUGGGACAAAAACAGAGCUGUCAGGCAGUACCAAAAUAUUAUCAUUUCCUAACAUAACAUAUCUGCUCUAAAACGGGCCAUAGACUCAAUCAGAGGAAAGGGAACAAUAAUCAGCACUGUUGGCCUCGGUUCAGACGGGCAUGAGCAGGGCUGUAGGCCACCUGCCAAAGAGGACGCUACCUUGAGUGAAGGAAGCAAGGAUGUGCCUUGGCCUGCCUCUGUCAUCCAGUGAAACUUUUAUUAGGGCGGCUGGACACGAGGAGUGCCUGUAAUAUUAAAUGUUGUUCCACUUAGGGAAGGAUGAAUAAAGUUUUUCAUUACGUCUGCCUCUAACUGAGCCUGACAGUGAUGUAUUCAAAGUAUCACGGCUUGUUUCUCUAAUUUAUUACUCAAAACUUGGAAUAAUGUCGCAUGCAUGUGCUCGUUAAAAGGUAAAGACUUGGAUCUAACAACUCUGAAUCUGACGACCCAAAACUUGACCCAACAAAAUCAAAAAAGGACGACUGAGGUGACAGGAUUCAGGUUUAAGAGGAACACUUUGUUAGGUGGUUCAAACCGCAGACAGUGGUCCCUGAUUUAGCUGAACAGUUCUUAAUUAUUUGCGUAUAUUGGACUUGAUGUGGGACUUGAGCCUUGUUUUCCUUGAUUAAGGAAUUGAUUUGGGACUUCAUGGUCUUGAUUUUGGACUGGUUGGUCUUGAACCUUGGUCUUGGUACAGGACUUGAGACUUUCUUGUGUUGGUUAAGGAUUAGGUAAUCUAGACUUGACUCAGGAUUGAGAGGACUUGACAUGAGGUAUAAGUCUUGGUGGCAUACAGUACUUCACUUGAGAUUUAGUAGUUGAGACUAACUCAUUUUUGCUCCUCUUGGAUUGUAAACUUUGGACUUUUUCAUCUUGACUUUAGAUUUGAUGUUGAUGUCGACUUGGUUCCUCGCUUUGCAGAUCUUUGGUUUGGACUGAAACCUUCUUGGUUGUGACUUCAGGCUUGUAAGUGUGGACUUAUUUUUGACUGAAGACCAGUUGUUCUUAGGACUUGAGCUCAUUGGUCUUGAUUGGCGGUGUGACGUUGGCGUUUACUUGGUUUUAGUUUCUCUUGGCCUUUGGUUUAUUGGUGUACCUGGGUUUUUUGGAAUUUGGUGGUCUUCCCUGGUGACAUAGAGUUGUGGAUUGAAGACUUGCAUUUGACCCAACUUUGAACUCCUUGGCCUUGACCAGCAAUGUUGACUAGUUGGUUUUAACCAGAGACUAGGUAUUUUUGGGACUACAUUUAGAAGUUAUUGAACUUGAAUCUAGAUUUGGUGUUGACCUGUUCUUUUUUUUUUUUGGUCUUGUUUUUAAGUUUUUGGUCGACUUUGAACUUUAAUGGAUUGAUUUGGGAUGCUUAAGUCAGGUCUUUGAGGAAACUGUUGCUCCUUGAAUGUAUAGUUUGGGACUUGUGUCUUACUUUGACAUUACCUAGACUUUUUCCCAGUUUGGACCCAGGGUUUGACUUGAGACUUGUGAUGAUGGGGUUUGACAUUUAUUGCCAUGACUUUAAACUUUCUUAAGACUUGUAAAAGUUGAUAUUUUCCCACUGUUAAGUACGUAAAGACUAUCAAAGGGAGUUCCACCAAAUAAAAGCAGGUUUUUACAGGUAUGUUGGUAGUUUUGUGGUCUGAUUGAAGUAGGUUUUGGUUUUCAGUUGUUCAGGUAUUUUCUUUAAAUCUUUCCUGGAUCAGAGAGUUUGGGUCUGUAUUGAAUCCUACUGCUAGAUGACAGGAUUUUAAAAGGUUAGAUUUUCAGUUUCAACUCAUCUCAGAACAAGAAGCCUAUUACCAUUUUUCUCUCUUGAGUCUGCUCUCUUCAGGUGCCUUUAAGGGGGAACAAUUACUUUACUUUGGCCUCAUUAAAUUUAUUGGAGUAACACAAGCUUUUAAUGUACAUUCUUCAUCCUGACACUUGCACUCAGAGUUUACACCCUCAUAAUUAACUGGGAGCCGUACAUUCUCAGAACAAUCGGUGUUUGUUUGAGGAAAACGUCAAUUUAAUGUACGUGUACAGACGUUUUGUACAUGCGAGGACUUCAACCUUUCAGCGGACAUCCAUCCUGACUGAUUUUGUCUCUGCUGCUCUUGUCUCUUACAGGUAUUAUCCUCUUAAAGUGAUGCAUGUUUAGUUUGAAUUUUUACUUUAUUUCUCCCCCCACAGUGAUGAAUUGCGGAAAGAGGCCCGGCAGCUGAAGAAGGAACUUCAGGCCAUAAAACAAAGAAAAGAGGAGAGUUUAAAACCUGCAGUGGAUGAAGUCAAGGAGGGUAUGUGGGCCGGUUUUAUCCCCUUUCAUUUACUGAUGGAUGUUUAUCACUGUUACUCAUUAUGCUGUAAAAUUAUGGGUGGCUGAUAAUACACCGUACAUGAAUCUUAACAGGAACUCGUUCACCACAGAACUCUAAGUGUGAACAAAGUCUCAAAGAGGGUGGUCCGAGCUACAUUCUCUGCUAAUGGACAGGCAACCCUCUGAUUUUGUCAAUUAGUUGCAGACGCCUAUCCCCCAGCCCACCCCCCAAAGGGUCUGCAUUUUUGUGUCGGAGCUCAGAGAAAUUUGUGUGGCUGAAAACUGUUGAGUAGUAGCCAUAGCUGCACUUCAAACCUCAUUGUGUUUGUUGGUUUGCAGCUUUUGGCCGACGUGGGUCUGUAAAAAAGUAAAUAAAUCUGCUCCUCCGGUCCUCACCACACUGCAGCCUGUCGCAUCGCCGUCAAUCUAUGGAUAUUUUUGCUGAUUCUGAAACAGAUUUUUGAAAAUGACUAAAACCUCAGAGGCCGGAGGUUGGCGUGAUGUUAUUGUGCAACAAAACAAAAUCCUUCAUGGGGGUCCUUAAGUGCAACUGUGGGAUUACCACCAGCCAAUAUUUACCCCAAAUAUAAAACCAUGACUACUUUUUUUGUAGAUUUAACAUUUUUUUGUCUGAACAAACACUUGUGGUUUUGUUUUUUAACCCAAACACAGAUGGAUUGAAGAUUUAAGGAGGCAGAGCCCAAAACAAUGAAAGAUUAACUGUUGCUCUUGGUGAUAUCUGCGUGGAGUAAAGCCGUUUCUAUCAACAGCCCUCUCUUAAUAGAUCCAGUUAAAAGCUCAAGUGUUGAGUCAGUAACAGCUCUGCAUUGUUUAAUCUCAGCGGCCUAAACUCCUCCAUUAUCGUUCAAAGUGUUUCAGCUCUGCCAGGGUCCUUUUGUUUUGAGCGUCUCUUGCAGCUUCGCCAGACGCCGCAGUUCCUUCUAAAGAGUUUCUCAUUAUGUUUCCGUGUUGGAAGCUAAAGUUAAUUCCAUAAGAUGGGAUUCUUAGAUGUCAUGGGCCAACGGCCACCGCGGGGGGAGACGGAUGUCUGCUCAGACGCUGUAAAUCUUCAAACCCGGCUCGCCCUGCAGAGGAACACUGUGGCGAGGGCUCGUUUUAUCCGGUCCCACUGGAGAAGCCGCACUCGCACAUUAAGACUCGCGUUGACACCAUCAUCCCUUGAAGCUUAAAUCAUCCCCCUGGUUCUGUUCCAGCCUCUCUGAAGGUCAAGCUUUGGUCCCAGUUCAGCCACAUGUCUCUCAGACUGGUCAGUGUGGGCUCAGUGGGGGGGACGUCAUGGAGGUUUGGGUGUUAUGUAACAACUGAAACCUACAGUUAUUUACCGUAAUUCACUCAUUCAUCAGCCUUCGGUACAAAAAGGGUCAAAGAACAGGAAGAAAUAGAGUCUAAAACUGUCGGAGGGUUUGUUUUGUGUGGGAACAGAUCAAAUGCUCAUGUUGUACCAUAAAUAUCCAGUGAGUCAUAGAAAAAAAUGUUGUUUUCAUUGUUGUUUCCACAUUUUUUCCAUAUUUAAAGCCAACAUAAGCAGCAAAGUUCCCUUUUAAGCUCAUCCUGAUGAAGUAACAGAAAACCCUUGCCAGUACAGGGGUCACCUUUUUACACACUUUUAAAUUUUGGACAAAUUUUAACCUAAUUUUAUCGAUUCGGCUUUAGAAAUCAUUAAACCGAUCUACUGUAAAUCUAAACUAUCUAAAUGCCCUUUAAGCUGCAGCCUGUCAUGCUUUGGUGGCUGUAACACAAACAGUUUGGUAAAAACCCAUUUCCAGAAAAAGUUACGAUGUUUUGUUAUGUGUCUGGUGAAAUUAACCAGAGCAGACAUAGCUGAAAGUGGUUUUCUCCCUCCGUGGUUUUAUGUCUGAGUGGUUGAGACAGACACCACGAGGUAUCGUAUGUUUCUCCUCAGUUUCUGAUGCUCACUCUGUCAGCUGUUGAACAAAAGCAAAAAAAAAAAGAAGCCUCUAAUGUCAAUAAAACAUUUUGUAACACUGACUGGAACAAAUUUACUGACAAAAACUUACUCAAUGCUUAUGUUCUGUUGGUUUUUAAGCUCAAAUUAUCCUCCAAAAUUAUGUUUUUAAAUCGAAUAUCCCAGUGCAGGUUUGUGUUUUACAAGGCAGGGUUUUAGUGGGGUCUUAAAAAUUUUAAAAUCCAAUCAUUUGAUCCAAAAAUUCACUUAAAAUCUCAUAAAAUGUCUUAGGUGUGCUGUUGAAAGGUCUGAAAAAUGUAUUAACUAGGGAUGCACCGAAAAUUCGACCACUGAAAAUUUUUAGUCGAAAGGCUUUAUCACCGUGUAUCAUAGCUUUUGUACUUUUUUGCCAUUAUGAGUGUAAAAUAGGAUUUAAAUUGUAGUCACUAUGGUCUUAUAAAAGUCUUAAAAAGUCUUAAGUUUGACUUGUUGAAACCUGCAGAGACCCUGUAAAGGCUGAUAGCUUUGCCUCCAAAUUUUGACUUGCAGUGCUUCCAAAAGUGCACAUCCACACUCUCUGAGGUCCUCACACCACAGUACACUACAUCUGACUGUAGUUCUGCCUAAAUAGAAAUAAUAUUAAAGUUAUUAUUAUUUAAUAUUAUUGUAACAGAACAUUCAAAUGUUCCUCAUUGAAAUAAAGAGGUGGAAAUUAAAAAUGUUGUUGUAUCCGAUUCAUCAAAAAAAUAAUCGACUGAUUAAUCAAUUAAUCAAAAAAAAUAAUUGACCAAUUAAACGAUAAUUAAAAUAAUCAUUAGUUGCAGCCUUAGUUCAGACGUAUUAACUGAGCUUCCAUCCAAACAAGUAAAAUGUAGAAAUGCUGAGUGAGACAGCAGUGAUUGUUUAAGUAAAAUAAGCUAACCCUUUUUUUAACUGUGUUUAUUGAACGUGUCUAUUUAAAAUAUUACUGUAGGUAGUUGUAUUGUCUGUUUUUAAGCUGGCGUGUAAAAGGCUAAAUCUUAGUGAAGCCAUGUUGCUCUUAAAUUGCCGUGUCGAUGUGAUGAUCUUAAACUUGCGCAGUAACCAGAGGCUGUUUCAGUGUUUUUACUGCGAAUGCCUCUCACAGUAUCCACGAUUAUCCUGCAGCCCAAUACCAAACCCAAAUUAGAGGUGACCAAGACUGACUCUCAUACUUUUUGGUUGGCUCAUUACACCUUCUGACAGCUGUUGAGAAAGUUUGUUAUUUAUUGCACAACUCUUCAGAAACACUCUCUGUUGCAUAAUCUGUGAUGGAUCGCUGGAGUUGACCUCAAAGCACCAACCGACAAAAUCAUUUUUGAUGUGUUUGUGAUUGAUGGUCGGCCAUACACUCAGCUGCUGAUUGUUUGACAGCAAAGAGGAACCUUUUGUCCUAUAAAAGAGGCGUUUGUCGUCCACAACAGCCCUCGGUUGCUACAACAUUAGCGUCUUGAUUUGUAGCUCUCCUGUCCAGGUGACAGGAGAGGAGAGGAAUGUAGUUAGAAAGGCCAUCAGGCUCAAAGAUAGUAGUUAGUGACAACAGCUGCAGAGGGUGAUGUGUGUUCCCGGUGGAGGACCGGGGGGCAUCAUCAGUCAGCAUUCAGCAUGACACAGACUGCAGCGGGAGGCAGAAGAGGAGAGGUGACUGUGGAGGGGCAGCAGGGAGAUCACUUGUUGGUCCCAUAAAUCAAGAGAAAAAAGGUUUGGCCCCUCCAGCAGCAGCAGCAGAGCAGUGAGGAGAGAGUGGAGCUUCAAUUUACAGGACUGAGUUUGCUCCGUUUACAAGGCCUAAAAUCUCUGAGAAUUUAGGGUAAUUAAUGUUUUCUGUAAUGAUCGGUGAUUGUGGGUCUUUGGAGGCAGGACGUAAAAUCUGAAGUAACCCUGUAAGAGCCAAACUCAGUCUGUUUAUAUCUUUAUUUAAAAAAUUCAUAAGCCCUUUAGACGUGAGCCUCUCACUAAUGUGUUGUUCGAUUGUUUUGGUUUGUGAUGUAGCAGGUCAACCAGAGAGUGGAGACAUGAAAGAGACAUUAAUUCACCUAUUGAGGCGGAGGCGGACAUGCUUUCCUCUAUUAAGCUGGAGUUUAGUUAAACCCCCAAACUGUGCUGUUACUGCACCUUUAUUUACCUGUGCAUUUAAACAAGCGAGGGUGCACGAUUAUUGUCUUUUUCAUGGAUUAAAAUAUUGAGAUCAUGCCAAAAAAAAAAAAAGUAAGACUGCAACAAUUACACAAGUUGGCGAAGAAGAAGUAGCUGCUAAUGAGCUGGUUGUAGCAGCCGUCUGAGAGAUGAUUUAGCACUUUUAAAAACUGAUGUGUGCCUUUUCAGGUCACAUGAUAAAUUAAACAUUAUCAGUUAAUUGUUAUUUUUAACUAUAUCCAGCACUUUGAAGGUGUCCUCUCCCUCUAAAUCGUAGUUUCAGACCACAUUGGUGUAGCAGAAAAGUGUUUAUCAGAAUAAUAAAUCCAAAAUCAAGAUCAUAAAGUACAUUUCAUUGAUUUAAUUUGAUCUCCAGCUGAAGUAACUUCUAAAAAUCCCUUACAAAAAAAAUAAAACGCUUGUUAACAUGGGUUUAAAACUGCAAUUAAUCGUGAUAAACAGAUUUGAUUUGUAAUCCCUGAUAAAAACACAUUCACACAAACUCGUGACAUUACAGGAGCUCGUACUUGAGAUCAGUCAGUGAACUACUUCAGUGUUUUUCUUCUUACAUCAUUUAUUUAUUGCACCUGAAUGUGUUGCAGCGUCCAGCCAAAAGUGGCACAGCUCGGCCUGCGAGAUGAUGAGGCCAUCGCAGGGUUUGUGGGCUGUGUGUGUGUGUGUGUGUGUGUGUGUGUGUGUGUGUGUGUGUGUGACGUCAUAUUUUGUUGUGGAAAGUACAGCUCUCUGCAGCAGACUGUGCUCACUGUCUGCUGCCCUUACAGAAGCGCAAUGACUCAAACAUCUACACCUCUGCUUUACACACGAGGCAGACGAGGACAGUUGGGUGGAAAAUUAUUCACAAGUCACCGAACAGAACUUUGACUUUACUCUCUCUGUGCCGGCUAACCUCCUCACUUUUCACACCCGUGUCCUCCUCUAAGUCCAGGUUUUUAAUUAUUCAUAUGUUUGUGAGCACCAGGACUUUUACUACCAAGCCACGCAGAAUCUGGUUUGUCCUCAUCUUGCUGGACACCUUGUUGUCCCCGACACACCAUCAUGGGGCAAAUCUCCUCAUGGAAGUUUAAAUUAUGUAACAAUGAUAACAGGUGGAUGACCUAGUUUUAAAAAAAUGGCCGGCAUGGUUUUUGUAGGAGUCUUUUGUUGCAUAAUCAGUGAUAGCUCUGUCGUCCAAUCAGCAGACUGCAGUGUGUUGAGCUCCACCUUUGAGUUUUGAGUUGGUCUGCUGGUGACCUCAUGAGAGCAGCAACAAAAAUCAGACUGAGCUUUUCUAUCAGUAUUAUCCACAGCAGUAUUGUCAGGCCAACAGAGAUGGAGACAGACACAUAGAUUAUGUGUGAAAACUGCAGACUGAAUGGGUGAAACGGUACUUAUAAACUUUGCAAGAGUUUAGAGAUACACAAUAUUUGAUUUUUGCCAACAUUAUCAGACUCAUUUGGCUGAUGCUGAUAUUUAUACUGAUACAUCUGCAUCUCUUUAUUAUAGAGCAUAACACAUAUCUUUUACGCUGUUUGCGACAGACUGUUUAUUUAAAAAAACAGAUAAACUGAACUUGAUCAACCAUAAGAGAUAGAUUUAUUCUUUUUCACAUGCUUACACUCAACUCAACUCAACUCAACUCACUCCCGUACAUGCUGGAGAGUCUCCCUUGUGUUUGCAUGCAUGUGUUUUAUCUGCAAACAUUUUAAUUAUUGUUGAUACUAAUAAUAAACUUUUUAAGCAAUUAUCUGCCAAUACUAACAUUAUGCAUCCUUACUUGAGGGGAAUAUUGGGGCAUUAUCUUGAUGGUAAAGCCACUCUUGAGUUGUUUCAAAUAAUAGUUUUAUUUUUUUUAACCUUCCUUGCUGUUUAAUUUAGUUCAUAAAAUGUGAAAAAAUGGUGGGAAAUCCAUCAAAUUGAAAGAGCACGCCUUAAAACUUCUAUUUUCUCCAAGCAACGGAUCAAAACAACAAUUAUAAUCAGUUUUCUGUCACAGAGGAUGAAGAGAACUCGAAGUAUUUACAUGUGUAAGAGUACAACAAUCAAAAUUUUGCUAUUUUUUAAAAUUAAUUUGUGUUCAACCAAUUAUCCUGAAAACAAAAAUACACAGAUAAGCCUGAUAUGAAUCACAAAGGAGCAGAAAACCACAACUGUUUCUGAUUAAUUCUCUUUCAGUGAAUCAUUUUAGACCAAUUAACUUUUUUUUUAGUUUUUCAAAAUUUGAAGCAUACUUCACGGUCAGAUGCAUAAGAUCAAAAAACACUGACGCUCAAAAACAUUAAAAACAAGAAUAUUUCAUGUACAUACACAUACAGUGAUAUAAACAAAAUCUGAACUUUUAUUUUGUCAAUUUAAAAAAAGUUGACACAAAUUCUUAAAAAGUGACCCACCGCCACUGGGUUACAUCAGUCAGAGGAGUUUUUGUUUUCCCCCUCUCUGACCAACAUGUGCUGCUGCGUUCAGUCCCUGCGGAGGAUUAAAGAGGUCCUUCCUGCCCAGGAGCGAUCAAUUACAUAAGGUUUGGGUAUAAGGUGGCCGAGGAAAGUAGGUCAUCUUUGAGAAAGAUAAAGUGAAAGGUUAGUAGGUUGGGGCUCUCCUCCACUACAUCUUCGUGAAGGUUGGCAGCAGAAGUAUGGAUUCACGCUGAGCAUGUCAAUGAGAGAUGAGAGGACUGGCCUGCAUUGCCUCAUCUCCUCACCUCUCUUAUUAUCAUGUUCUCUGAUCAUGUACGGCAGCAACUGUCACAGCCUGACAUGCUUUUAUCUUUUCUCUCUGAUCACGUUCUGCUUAUUUAGUCGGUCAAAUGCCCCAGAGCAUCAUGGGAAGCACUGGUAUUUCUUCACUCUGAAUGUUGUUGUAGCAUCAGGAAAGUUUUAACUCUGCUAACCCGUUUUUUUUUUUUUUUUUACAUGGUUGAAACUGUUUUUGCAUUUUUGUUGUGGGCAAUUGAAUUUUGUAUAUUUUUCUAAAACAACAUGAAAUUUAAACAAAAAAGGAGAAAAAUAGAAAAGAGCUCAGAAAUCAGCCAAGGCCUUGAUCAUAAGUGGGACCAGAUCUGCUCCAAACUCAAUAAUCUUUGGCCUCUGCUACUCCUGUCCACAAAAAAAUUGGGCCAGCAGUUUUUCCAUCAUCCCGUCAUCUAGAAAAACAAACAAACUGCACCGAAAACACAUGCUAAGGUCCCCACGGUUAUGAAAUUCCUGGAAAAGUUAUGCAAUAACUAGAAACUGUCCUGGAAAAAGUGAGAAACCAAAAAGACUUUUGACAAAGUUACAUAAAUAAAUAGUUUUUUUUUUUUUGUUUUCUUCUCUCCAUGAAUCUUUUUUUUAAUCCCCACCAGAAAAAAAGCCGUCCAAUGAGGCCGUGGCGGAGUACCUGGAGGGUCGAAAGAAGUACGAGGAGCUGAGGAAGCAGAAGAAGUCGAAGGCCUCCAGCCGAGAAGAACAGGUCCGAGAUCUGAAAAAAAUUAAAAAUCAUUUUAGAGAUAAAGAGUUCUGUCUGUCUGUCUGUCUGUCUGUCAUGGCUCUAAAGUCCCUUUUUCUUUGGUUUUUGGUAGACACUGGCCCUCUUGAAUCGGUUCAAGUCCAAGCUGUCUUCAGCCAUCACUGAAGCCCCGGAAGAGGAGGAAGUGGAGGAGCUGGCAGAGGAUGAUGACAAAGGAUGGUCAGUAAAACCUAAAGGGAUAUUCCGGCACAAAAUUAAUUUGGGGUCAAGCACACCGUAACACCGAGUUAGACACCCCCGAGAGAUGAAUGUUGCUGACUGCUUGCUUCUCUAGUUUUACCAACUUUAGUAACAACCGCAGGAUAGCAAUACACAGCGGUCUGAGGAGCCAUAAAAAAACCUCAACCAAAACGCCACUCUAUAGCCACAAAUAAUGCUCAGAACAGCACCUAACUUCAUCAACAGUACAUAUAGGGUCCCAGCCAUAGUACUAGCCACCAAACAUCUUUUUAACUUCGCCUUAUUUCUUUAGCAAAGAGACUAAACACAACUCACCUACUCUCUUCCAGCAGCCGCUUGUUUCAGGCCAGUCCAUUGUGGGGUGACACAGCUCAAAGAAGAAUAUUUAUGAUCAUUUUUUAAUAAUUUCCUUGAAGUAAUAAUCACCAUAUUAAUCAUUUUGCCCUGCAGACGCGGUAGUUCUUCUGCCUUAGCAUCUCGGUCUUAUUGCAUUUCCAUGAAGAAACGAUCAUAAAUGUUCUUCCUUGAGCUGCGUCACCCCGCUGUAGUCCGUAAUGGACUAGCCUGAGGUCUCACUACAAACAAGCGGCUGCUGGAAGAGAGUAGGUGAGUUGUGUUUCGUCUCUUUGCUAAAGAAAUUAGGCAAAGUUAAAAAGAUGUUUGGUGACUAGUACUAUGGCUGGGACCCUAUAUGUCCUGUUGAUGAAGUUAGGUGCUGUUCUGAUCAUUAUUUGUGGCUAUAGAGUGGCGUUGUGGUUGAGGUUUGUUUAUGGCUCCUCAGACCACUGUGUAUUGCUAUCCUGCAGUCGUUACUAAAGUUGGUAUAACUAGAGAAGCAAGCAGUCAGUAACAUUCAUCUCUAGAAGGAGUGUCUAACUCUGUGUUUUGGUGUGUUUGACCCUAAAUUAAUUUUACGCUGGAAUAUCCCUUUAAAUCUGAUUUUAUAUCGACCAAAGAGCAACUGAUUCGGACCCCAGAGAGAACAAAAGGUUCAAGUCUGCACACAUUAGUAUGAGUUUAAAAAGAAACCACACUUCUGUCUUAACUAACUAAUAAAUAUCAAUAAAAAAAACAAACACAAAGAAGUGACUGAGUUGAUUCAGUUAAAGCAGUUAGAGAGACAUUUACAGACUACAAAUAAACACUUAAGAAGAAGACAGAAGGUAUUUCCUCCUCCAGCCUACGAAGUUUUACAAAGUUGAAAUAACUGAAAUAUUGGUAGCAGCUCUGAGCAGCAUGUGAGCACCACCAUCCUGAGUCCUCCUGGAGAGUUCAAAAAGCAGUUUGGCAAACAACUGUGUUUUGUGGACGGUGAAGAUCAAGCAUGACAAGCUGGCACGAAAAGACCUUUUUCAUUAGCGUCUGCUGGGUUUGGGCUCAUGUUAUUCUCAUUGAUACCCUCGUGGUGAACGCUGGAUCGCAAAAGAAACCAUUAAUUAUAACAGUAAGAGAGGAGUACGCGGGACACGAGAAUGCAGAAAAUCCUUCUCGGUAGCAGGAGGGAUGAAACUGACCUUCAUCGAAUGCAAAGAGCGCUCCAGGUUCUGAUAAAUGUGUGUGAAAGUUCAACUCCUAUGCAUGUGUGUGUGGGGAUUCUGACCACCAGAUCGGCCAUCAGGAAAUCAGGCCUGACGCUGUGUUUUCCUCUCAUAUUCUGUUUUUCACCAAAGAUCUCCGAGAGGAAAGACACUGAGUACAGGGUUUGAAAUGAAUACCAUGUGUUUGAAUUUGAGCAAAGUGUCUGUGCGCGAGAGAUUUACAAUAACAAAAUCUGUACUUGCUAUUAGCCUCCAGAAGCCCCCUUGAAGUGCAGCCUGUCUCGGCGUGUGUGUGUGUGUGUGUGUGUGUGUGUGUGUGUGUGCAGGUUAGGGGGAGCUCUAAUGAAUUUGAGAGAAGCCUGCCUCGGCUGUAGACACCUCACUGUGCCGCCCCCGCCAGGUAGGCGAGGAGGAGGAAGGGAGGGAGGGACAGCGUCAGUAGCAUAGCAGUCCUAGAAAAACACCAGUGGGAAGCCUGUGCCACUCUAGGAGCACUGCGAACAGAAUGUGGGUUACAACAGGUCAGACAUUGGAAGUCAAGUCUGGGCCAGAGGAGGUAAACUAUUCCAUCUGUGUCUGUGUCUACAAACUCUUUAGCCCCCUCCUCCUCCUCCUCCUCCUCUGUCUCCCCCUCUCAGUCCACACACUCCUCUUCGUCUUAUUUCCCACCCCCUUUACUCCGGCUAAAGAAAAAUAAAUGGAGGAAAGGCUUCUGUAGCAGCACAGAGUGGUUUUGAUAAGCCCUGAACGCCGGGUUUCCACAUCACAUAUGACUGCGAGGCCGUACGGCCGGCGGGCUGUCAUCGCCGAGACUGCUAGACAAAUUAUCAGAGGCGGCCCGCUCGCCCUGCAGGAGUCCUCAGGGUCUGCCAGAGUCUAGCCAUGACAUUCUAGAUGAGCUGUCACAACUCCUGCCGAUUUCAAAUGAACACGGGAGAGAGAGCGCGCACACAAAAACAGCCGCGGCGCAGACACAUACCACACGCUACACACGGCAGACAAGGCAUCAAAAUAUUUUAAGAAGUACAACAGAGAGUAUACAGUGUCUGUGUUUGGACACACUGCGGCACAGGAGCACAACACACACACUCACAUACACACCCAGACAUACACAGCACUAGGUUGUGUAAAUGUUUUGUUCCUGAGCAGAUAAGAAAGACCUGUUGGUUGUCAACUUAAUGGGAAGGUAAAAGAGUGUAGACUGAGUAAGUUCACUUCGACUGCUUAUGAUCCACACUCUUACAUUUAGUGAGGAGACCGUUUUUAGAGGUUUUGAGGGGAGAUAUUGUCCCGUUCUUGCGUGAUUCAGGUUUUCAACCCCUUAACAGUCUUUUGUUGUGAUUUAUGUGUCAAGUGUUUUUAAUAGACAGCGAGUGUAGACCUGAAGACGGGCCUGUUUAGCACCUGGACUCUUCUACUACCGAGCCCUGCUGUUGUUGUGAUUAGAGAUGCACCGAUCCAUUUUUUUCCAAUCCAGUCGGCCGAUACUCUCAGCCCAAUAGCUUGGCUGAGCGUAUCGGCCAAUAUCCAAUACUACUGUUGAAUGAAUGAACUGUAUAUCUUGCCCUUUGAGUGAAAGCAUCAGGCUUGACAUUAGCCUUGUUUUUUAAAAAAAGGUAACAAAUUAACACAGAUAUAAAUUUACUUAAUAUCAUUUAUUAACAAAUAACAAAUUGCACAUUAGCACACAGCAAAAAGAAGUAAGACUUCCAUGUAAACAUUAAGGGCAAAAGGAUAGACAGACAUAGAAUAUAGAGCGAACAGAAUCGCUGUGUUGCUGUGUUUGACAUCAAUUAAAAGAAAAAAAAAGAACUUGAUCGGAACGCUGUAUCGGCAUCAUUCCUCAGAUAUCUGAUCCAGUUCAUUUGUCAAUAUCGGAGCCGAUAUCCAAUCCAAAUAUCGGAUAGGUGCAUCCCUAGUUGUGAUACAUAUAAAAUACAGUUUGGCAUCUUCUUGCUGUGUUACGCAAAGUCUUCCCCUCUAAACCCUUAAUAUGGUGUUCAGCAAGGCAAGCUACCCAUGUUACAGACUCUUGCGAUUGUUUGAGGUGUGCGCUGAUAACAAGCCGAUUGAUUCCUCUUGAGAGAAAAGGUCACAGCAAACAUGGUUUCCAAGAAAAAUGUCACAGAUUGAUUUAUCUGCAAAUUCAAUGAUUGCAAACCAUCCAAACCUGUCUUUAUGAACAUGUUACACAGAGUUACAACUCUAGUUGGCUCCAGUUACCUUCAAUUUUAACCAAUUUUCCUGAUUUAGACUGGAGGAGAAUUUCAGAGGAGCCUUUAUUUCAUUUCAUUUCAUUUCAUUGAUUUAGAUCUCCAUCAGCCUUGGCUCAGGCCAUUGCUAUUCCUCCUGGAGUCUACAUUUACAAUUAGCUCUCCAUCGCAGUGCACAGUCACAAAAAAACAUCCCAACACAAACACAAAGACAACGUCAAUAACCACAACAACUCACAACAGUCUACAAGACAAAAACAGAACAACAAAACAAGAACAAUACAAACAACAUAGACAUAUAACUGGACCUUAUUCAUUUCCACAGUGUAGCUACAGUUCUGAAAUAAUCAGAUGUUCAAACAUCAACAUACAUUCCACAUAAUUGAAUUAAUUUACAGAAACAGAACCCAAUACAUAAGCAGACUUCAGGUAUUUCAAGUAAAUUAGACAAACACUGAUUGGUUAUACCAAGUAGCUUCAUCUAAAUAAGGAGAUGUUUGACUAAUAAAGGUUCUUUCACUAGAUCUUUAAAUCUGUAUUUGUUGUGUUCUUGGAUAAAAUGUCCUGGCAGAACAUUCCAUUUCACCAUGGCCUUAUACAUUACCAUACUUUUCAUCUUGUUUGUUUUUACUUUAAAACACUCUAAAACUUAACAGAAAUUCUUCUUUUUCAUCCUAAACAUAUUUAAGAUUUGGAAACCUUGUAGAAUUACCAAGUACAAGGUAUUCAAGAUUCCAGAUUACCAUGUGUGUCACAGACAGGGAGCACCGCUGCACAUGAAACUGCAUGAUCUAGUGUGAUCUCACAGAUGUACCUGAAAUAGAGACUGAUUCUAACCUCAUGUAGAAACACCAGGCAGGGAGGAAAAAUCAAAAGCAGAAGGCUGAGAGAGUCUGCAGAGAGGAUUAGCUAUUCUUCAGUGGGAUUUGAAAAUCCUGACAAAACCAUCAGUUUUAAUCCUAAAUAUCAAAUAUCCGCUGACUAAUUCAACCAAAGGCGUCAUAACUCGAUUAAAGACUCCAGUACGGAUGUGAACAAGCAGACCAGGAAUGUCCUUGUAAAAGUAAAAUUAUAUUCAUCCGGUAGUUGUUCAGAAAUUAUAAUCUAGACUAGACAGAGCUGCCAGUUUAAGAGGAUGUAGCAGGUCUUUUCCGAGCCUGUAGCAUGGCUGAGAGAGGAUCCUUGUAAUUGAUUAGUCACUGCUGCUUGGAUGUUUAGAUUUACAGAUAGCAUUCACACAGCAGCUGGAGGACUGUGUUUUAUCUGUGAAGUGCCUGACACUGAUACGUCCGGUGAGGAAUGUCCUGAUUCUUUAAUCUGUCUUUGGGGGAAGAGAAACUGACAGGGGAAAUGAAAGACACAUGAGUGUCUGUUCUCAGGGGACCUGACUUUUCUGUCAGGACUUCAAACUGCAGGAGUGUCUCAGAAGUGGUCUUCUCGUACUGUACCUGGACUACUGCUCUUUUGAACCGAGAGGAACCCUGGAUUUUAGUAGAGUCCUGUAUUAGAUAAUGAAUUUAAACAUUUUAUCUCUCCACCAAGGCUUAAAACAGAGUGUAUGACCCAGGUUUAAUAUGUCUGCAGUAUAUUGGCUUCCGAGAAACAGUACUAGAGAAUAUUUUGGAAAUAUUUCAGGUUUAGUCUGAGCAACAAAGGUCUGCUAAUCUCCUGAAUAUAGAAAUGAUCUGUUUGUCUAACAUUUGACUUAAUGCUGCCUUUGUCUGCAAAGCCUGCAGUGAGUCAUUUUAAAGCCAAAGUGAUUUAACUACAGAGAAAUAUUACCUGCUAUUACUCUUAAUCUUCUAGAUGACUGUUUUGGUUUUUAAUGCUCCGAUCAGAUUCAGAAGUCCCACCCUUUCUUGAUUUUGAUUGUUGAAGGAGAACUGCAGCUAUAAAAAUGGGUCAAUUUCAAACAUAGACUGUAUAUACUAUGGACAACUUGGUUCCGCCUUCUGCCAGUAAACGAAUUUAAAGCCAAAAAGCUCUCGGUAAUUCUCGUGAUUUUUCUCUAUUUCAUGAAACGAACAUUGCACAGUAGAGUUGUACUCAUUCGGCAGAAAAGUCGCAGAGGGUCGCUGUGGUGACGCUCGGCUCAAACAGCGUAUCCCCGGGUGAGCUACGCAAUCUUUGUAUGCCCAUAGGCUGUAUCAAUUGUCAAUCAUAGAAAACAUAGGACUUAAGCACAAACCAGUCUUACAGUAACUACAUGUCAACAUCACAAGCCGGAUAGAAAAAAAAUCCUGUGUUAUAAAUUUCUAAAGUUUGUCCACAGCUUCAUAGGGAUUGCUGGAGAAGGCAACCUAGUAUGACCUAUACUGCAGCCCGUCACCAGAGGGUGCUGUUCUCGGGAUUGCUUCACUAAGCGAGGAGGCAGACGGCAUCCAUUCUAUAUACAGUCUAUGAUUUCAACCAAGAGAGCAGUGACACUGAAUUAAAAAAAAAACACUGAGGGUGUUUCAGAAAGAGUGCUGUAAACUCCAAAUUGCUUUGGUUUCAGGUUAGAAAAUAGAUGCUUUGGCGCUGACGACACAGUUGAAAGGUGCGGCCCAUGUACAGAGGUUAUAGUCUGUGUUGCAGUGGUUGCUAAUUGGACAAAAAGGUGAAAAAGCUCCAAAAAGUUACUUAAAAAAAGGAAAAGAAAAUUGGAGCUACCAGCACAAAAAAAUGCAGAGUGGACACAGGCCCUUAUGAGAUGUCGUGUCAAAUGUUAUAUACCUUGAUGUAAAAAGUGUCUGUUUUGUUAAAAGUACAUGUAGCUAACAUUAUUCCAAAAAUGGCUUCACGUUUAUAUGAAUGUAAAAAAAAGUCAGUGCUCAACAUGAAGCAGACGCCGAUAUAAACUUUUAGUAUUUCCUCUUUCUUGAUUCUCAUAUUGUGAUCAAACAGGUCUAACUAAAAGGUUCCAGCCCGUUGGUGGAAGUCCAGCUGAUCUGUGAUUUAGUGGAUCCCCUCGCUGCUCUUCUUUGAACUCUCUCUGUCUCUCUCUGUCUGAUUUAGGAUGGCCCAUGUUCUGCAGUUUGAUGAGCAAACCAGAAAAGUCAAGGAUGCCAACAUGCAGGACGAGGACACUUUCGAGAUCUACGACCCACGCAACCCUGUCAAUAAACGAAGAAGAGAGGAGAGCAAGAAGAUCAUGAAGGAGAAAAAGGCCAAGAGGUGAGGUCACCGGGUCAGAGGUCGGGUCCUGCCGAAGCCAUGUGACUGAAAAAGAAAAAAAAAUGGGUCAUGCAGCAUCCUGUCUGCUCCCUUCAAACUGAGCGCUCUCUGGGCUGGAACAUCUGGAUGGUGAUGCUGACCAUACGCUCUGUAAUCUGUGAUGGAAACGCUUCUCUUUGAACAGCUGGACCUGGAAGACUCUCAGCUACUCGCCAGGAUGUCUUCAGCUCUGCUCGUAGUAAUGAUUGAGCUCAUGAUUUGAUUUCAUGUAAUGCUGUUAACCUUCGUAUCAUGUUCAUCUGUAAAUGUUGAAAAAGGAGCGUUAGACUUGCCAGAAUAAAAUGCAUUUGUAAGGACUGUGA